AUGCGGGCUGUGCUGCUACUGGGCCUGCUGGCCACGGCCAGCGCGGUGCACCUCGAUUUCUCGAGCGGCACUCUGGACGGAUGGACGCACUCUGACGACGGCAAGUACAGCGGAAAGUUCGUGGUGGCCAGCCCUGAGGGCCUGGACGCAGUGAAGGCGCUCAAGGUGCCAGAGAAGGCCAAGCACUAUGGCAUCAGCAAGGCCCUUCCAGAGGCGGUGGACCCCGCCAGCGACCUGGUGCUGCAGUAUGACCUCAAGCUGACCAACGGCCUCAGCUGCGGCGGCGCCUACAUCAAGUUUGUCACAGCCGACGAUGCCUUCACCCCCAGCGGCCUCAAGGACGACACCCCUUACACGGUCAUGUUUGGCCCCGACAAGUGCGGCUCGACCAACAAGGUGCACCUGAUCCUGCGCCAUAAAAGCCCCAAAACGGGCGAGAUCGAGGAGAAGCACCUGAAGAUGCCGCCGAUGGUGGAGAGCGACAAGAAGACGCACGUGUACACCGCCAUCCUGCGCGCCUCCAACAACAGCUAUGCCGUGCUCAUCGAUGGCGUGGAGAAGAAGGCCGGCAGCAUGUUUGAGGACUUUGAGCCCUCGAUCAAUCCCCCCGAGACCAUCCCCGACCCAGAUGAGAAGAAGCCCGAGGAUUGGGUGGAUGAGGCCCGGAUUGCUGACCCCGAUGCCAAGAAGCCCGAGGACUGGGAUGAGGAUGCGCCCCGCACUAUCCCCGAUGAGGAUGCGCAGAAGCCCGAGGGCUGGCUCGACAAUGAGCCGGCCGAGAUUGACGACACGACCGCUGUUAAGCCUGAGGACUGGGAUGAGGAUGAGGACGGCGAGUGGGAGCCUCCCAAGAUUGCCAACCCCGCUUGCAAGGACGCGCCCGGCUGCGGCGAGUGGAAGCGCCCCACCAAGCCGAACCCUGCCUACAAGGGCAAGUGGAGCGCGCCCAUGAUUGACAACCCCGCCUACAAGGGUGUGUGGAAGCCUCAGGACAUCCCCAACCCCGACUAUGUGAAGGACCCUGCGCCCCUGACCAACAUUGGCAAGGUGGGCGCGGCCGCCAUUGAGAUCUGGACCAUGGACGACGGCUACUUCUUCGACAAUGUGGUGGUCAGCAACAGCGAGGCUGAGGCGGCAGAGGUCCGGGAGAAGAGCUGGGCGCCCAAGAAGGUCAUUGAGGAUGCCAAGGAGGCGGAGGAGAAGGCCAAGGCGGCGGCCAAGGCAGAGGCGGAGAAGAAGAAGGUGGAGACAACGCAGGCGGUAGACGACAAGCUGAAGCAGGUUGUGUCCACCAUCUUCGACCUGCCCUUCCUCAAGCCGCUCGAGGCGCAGCUGAAGCCGGCCCGCGCUUUCUUCGAGCAGCGCCCCGUCUGCCUGCUGGGCAUGCUCACCGCGCUGCUGCUGCUGCCCGUGGCCUGGCUGCUGACGUCGCGCAUCGGCAGCAAGACGCAGGAUGAGGUGGGUGAGGCCAAGAAGCAGGAUGCGACGGGCGAGGAUGACAAGCCCGAGGAGGAGGAGGACCGGGACUACUAUGACAACCUGCUCUGGACCGGGGAGGAGAUUGAGGAAGAGGAGGAGGAGGAGCAGCCCAAGGCGGGCACCCGCCGCCGCACCCGCCGCGACUGA